CAUGACUGUGCCACCCGGCUGAAGGCACAGGUUGCAUGGAGGAACCAAUGUUGGAUGGUUUUAAAGACGAGGACGAGGACAGCAUGAGGAUGAGGAUGAACAACCACCACGGCGGAUAACAGCACCCAAGCGUCAACGUCUAGGAAACAUGGACCAUGAGCGACUUAUACGGGACGGCGCCCUUGAAAGCCCUGUGGAUCGGAGCUUGUGUUCACAGUCUGGUUUGCCCUCAGUUGACUCCCCUUCACAGGUGAUAUUUGACUCGAAGACCCUGCCCACAAGAAUGCGUGCCGGCACAUCACUGCCACUACCCCUUCAUGUAGUCACCCCACUGGUUCCCUCUGUGACACUGGCCAAACAGCUCGGCGUCAAGGCGGUCUACUUUAAGCUAGAUGCGCUUCAGCCAAGCGGGAGUUUCAAGAUCCGAGGGAUUGGCCAAACUAUCGCCAAAUACUACCAGGCGCACCCCAACCUCAAGAUUAUUGUGUCAUCUUCUGGCGGUAACGCGGGAAUGGCCGCCACGGUAGCGGGUGUGGCUUACAAUUUACAAGUUCGUGUCUACGUUCCAAACAGCACCCCAGUCAUGAUGAUCGAGCGACUACAGGCAGCUGGGGCCGAUGUCAUUGUGCAUGGAAGUGUAUGGGAUGAGGCGCAUGCAGAGGCGAUGAGAUUCGUGGCAUGUCAAGAGGCAGGUAGUGCGUUGUUGGUGCAUCCUUUUGAGGGAGACGAUCUAGUAGACGGACAUUCGACCCUUGUGGCGGAGAUUGCUGUGCAGUUACCGCCAGGCAUUGUUCCCGAUGUAGUGGUUUGUGCGGUAGGUGGGGGUGGUCUGUUAAGUGGGAUUUUGAAGGGGCUGAAGAGCAUAUAUCAUGGGAAAUGCAGGUUGCCAGUGGUGGUUGGAGCUGAAACUGAGGGCGCAAGGUCAUUUGCGUUGGCGGUUGCGAUGGGGUACCCACUUCGCCUCCCUGGUGGAAUCACGUCCAUUGCCAAAUCCCUCGGUGCUCUUCAGGUUUCUGAUCGUGUGAUGGAAUUGCGAGACACAUAUGGAGCACCAAGUGUCCGAUCACUUGUGGUAACAGACGCACAGGCCGUAUGUGGAUUAGUGAAUUUUGCAGAUGAGUUUAGAAUUUUAGUAGAGCCCUCCUGCGGCGCCGGUUUGGCAGCCUGUUAUUCGCCAGAAACAUUGAAAAGCGUUGUACCAGAAUUGAAUUCUGAGAGUGUCGUGGUAGUUGUAGUGUGCGGGGGAUCAAUGGUGACAACAGCACUGAUAGCAGAGUGGAGGGAGACUUUUGACGUGUGACGACUCUGGGUUGGCUAACUUUGGUGAGUAUAUUGUAAACAUAGAGAAAAAGCCCAGUACCGCUAUGAACAGCAUGACAUAGCGUGAAAAUUGUGAAUAGUUAGAAAGAAAAAUAAUGUACAUUCUAAAUGCAAAAAUGGUAUCUUAUAGCCCACGUCUGGGUCGGGAAA